AUGUUUGGUGAUGUAUUGGACAUCGAUCUCUGUUCACAGAUAACAAGCUAUAUGCGCGACGGGCUCAACACCCCGGGUACCCUUCCUGGGCAGACGAUGUCCCCGCCCGUGUUUUCAUGCCCGUCCCUUCCACAUACACUACACUUCGGUCCGUCGUGGAAUCCUCCCUUUAGCAACUCGUCUGCUUGUUUACUCCAACCAGUUACGCCAUUUGGAAAGCAAACUGGAGGAAAUCAUCAAUCGUAA